GAUCUAUGUUGAAACCCCAGCCACCAACGAAACCUGCGUCGAUCGAUCUCCUUGCCCAAGCUCCUACAAUGGACAACAACUGUUUGGAGAAGCUCGUCAAAAAUUUUGUAGACGAGGACAAAGCCAGGAUAGCGGCGGCUGCGAGAAACAAAACAGCGCCCUCUAUCAACAAAGCAAUACCGUCUAGUAUACAGUAUGCGCUCCAAAAGUUCGAGAAAGGUGGUUCUAGUCAAAAGGCCGGGUUGGGGUUGAGCGGGAGCGGUAGUGUUACUGGUGGCAGUGGUGGAUAUGCGCGAAAAACGACGACAUUACCCGGGCGGAAAGUUGUGAGUGGUGCGAGCGGAUAUGGCGUGGUGGGUAGUGGUAGUGGUGGGGGAAGUGUUGGAGUAGGUGUCAAUAAUUCCCCGCCAACAACGAAUUCAGUGCAGCCACAAACAAUCAAACCUGUCAUCGGUCAGAAACCUCGAAUACUGCCGAAACCUAGACUUAGCGAUACCAUUGAGAUGACCUUGCCUCCCGAUCUACCGACAAACGGAUUGCAAACGUGGCCUUUGAAAAACCGUGUAAUAUCCACGGACGCCGUGAAAAAAUCAGCUGGCAGUGGAUUCAGUGAGAACCAUAACCCCCAAUACAAUCAGAAACAGCAAUCCUCAAUCGUAACCAUCGAUCAGGUAGCCGUGGAAGAGAAACGACUGAUGAAUGCACUUAAAAACGGAGACAUUGUACAUGAGGAAAUGGUCCCCCCGCCAAUGGGAACAGGACUGAAGGAAAACACUCGAGAAGUUACGCACCUUCCAUCCAAACAAUCACUGAAAGAUUCCUCGCUGGAGAAACCAGAACAGCCUACUUCCACCCCCACAGCUUCCACCAAAUGCCUGAGGAGCAAUCCUCGCCGUUCUGAGCAACAGGUACCUCACCCAGAACUAACAAUGAGUCAAAAACAGCACCUCAGACAAUCAGCAUCGAAUCCCAUUCGACCAUUUCUGACUCGAGGUUCGGUAGCGGAGAGGGUGUUAAUUUUCGAGCGAUGCCCCAGCGAUUUGUUGUUGGACAAGAGGGUUCGAGCACCUGCGCCAAGACAAAUCACUACUCAGGUGAGUAUUUUUAACAAGUUUCGUCUGAUGUAAAAGCAUAUAUUCUUG